CCCGAUGUCCUGGAGCUGACCUCCAGGGAUGAACUCCACGUGAAGUUGGAGGAGCAGGUCUACGAAGCCGCCCUGGCCUGGGUCAGGUACGACCGUGAACAGCGGGAGGCCUGCCUGCCGGAGCUCCUGUCCAGAAUCCGGCUGCCCCUCUGCCGGCCACAGUUCCUGACUGACCGUGUGCAGCAAGAUGACCUCGUCCGCAGCUGCCACAAGUGCAGGGACCUCGUGGAUGAAGCCAAAGACUACCACCUCAUGCCCGAGCGUCGGCGACCUCUCCUCGCUUUCAAGACGCGGCCCCGUUGCUGUACGUCCAUCGCGGGUUUGAUUUACGCCGUGGGAGGGCUCAAUUCAGCAGCAAAUUUCUACGCAGGCGACUCUCUGAACGUGGUGGAAGUCUUCGACCCCGUAGCCAACCACUGGGAGAAGUGCCAGCCAAUGACCACGGCCCGCAGCCGGGUGGGCGUGGCCGUGGUGAAUGGGCUCUUGUACGCCAUUGGCGGAUACGACGGGCAGUGGCGGCUGAGCACCGUGGAGGUGUACAACCCCGAGACCGAUUCGUGGUCCAGAGCGGGCAGCAUGAACAGCAAACGGAGUGCGAUGGGAACUGUAGUCCUGGACGGACAGAUCUAUGUUUGUGGGGGCUACGACGGAACCUCCUCCCUGAACUCGGUGGAGGCCUACUCGCCCGAGACAGACAAGUGGACGUCGGUGACACCUAUGAGCUCCAAUCGCAGCGCGGCCGGCGUCACGGUCUUCGAAGGCCGCAUCUUCGUCUCCGGCGGACAUGAUGGCUUGCAAAUCUUCAAUAGCGUGGAAUACUACAACCCCCACACCGCCUCGUGGCACAGCGUGGCCAGCAUGUCGAACAAGCGUUGUCGGCACGGGGCGGCCUCCCUGGGCAGCAAACUCUUCGUCUGCGGCGGCUACGACGGCUCAGCCUUCCUCAGUGUCGCCGAGGUCUACAAUUCGGCCUCCGAUCAGUGGUACCUUCUGGUGCCCAUGAACACCCGGCGUAGCCGCGUCUCCCUGGUCACCACCGGCGGCCGCUUGUACGCCGUGGGCGGCUACGACGGACAGUCCAACCUCAGCUCGGUAGAAAUGUACGACCCGGAAAGCAAUCGCUGGACGUUCGUGGCGCCCAUGGUGUGCCACGAGGGAGGGGUGGGGGUGGGCUGCGUCCCACUGAUGGCCAUUUGAGGGGACAGGCGGGGG